ACGACGAAGGAACUCCCGACCGACGCGGCACUACACGACACAGAUAGGAUAGAUCACGGCAACGGUUCUUGGCGGGCCGGUAGCUUCGUGACACGGAACGAAAACAGCACCGCGAGAGCGUCUGCAGAUCGGAGAAAAGAAUCCAUCGAUUGUUUACUGGUACGGUUGACUUAGUUCAACUUCAACAAAAUCUAUUUCGUAGCAGGAAAAAAGUAAAAAGACGGAUUGGAUCGACGUAUCUAUGACAUAAACAGAGAAAGGCGGCAACUGAUACGACGUCGUGGUUUUUCACCAGGGGCAUCUGUGCCUCCCCUCGAAUACAACUAGCCUCGAAAAAAGAGUUUCGCCCUACAACAACAGCAAAAGUGGAUUACUGACCAUGAUUCUAUACGGUUCAAGCUAUUUCGGUCUGCCCCAGUUGACUAUCUUCAAUGGAAGUGCCGUCUAUCGGACGAUGUUGCCGUCAAGCGUUUCUGUAUUCUUUUACUUCACCUUCUUUUAUUUGAUCGGGGAAGGCGAGACCGCCGACGAAGUCAAAGUUGACGACCACGCCCUUUUCACCGUACAUCCCUUUGUCAUCACCAUCUACGUCAUGGCCUAUUCUCUCAUCAUCACUCAUCGCCUGAAUUAUUGUUACCAGCGAUACUGGGAGUCGUGCUCGAGCAUAUUCACAAUGACAUCUAAAUGGAUCGAUUCGGCAACUGCUCUUGCAUCCUUUCAUUACCAAUCGGAGGUAUUUGAGGAAAACAGGCCCAUUUCCUUUGGUGACCAGGACAAGGACAAGACCAAGCGAGCGCCAAAGGGCGGAAACCAGCGGACGGCGGGUUCGGUAGGAUACCUCUCAGAGGAUAUUCUGUACUCCUUUACAGAAUACGAUGACGAGGCCAGCAUAGAUGAGUCGUCUGCUGCAACAAAUAGUUCAAGGCCUCAACCUGUCCCACCGCUAGCCCCCCCUCAUUCCCUAUCCGGAUCUACCAGUUCCGGUGCCACCACAGCGGUGUCUUCCAUAGGAACGAGAGGUACUAGAGGCACUAGAGGUGGAUCUCUGGUUUCACAGAAAAGCUUUGUUGCAGUUCACACGAGGCAGCGAUAUCGCAGCUCCAAAGCUCUCGUCGAGAACAACCAAGACGAGGAAUCGGAAUCAGAUUCGGAAUCGAUACAAUCGAAGAGAGCUCGCAGCAUUUUCCAAAGAAUCUUCCAAUGGGAGGGCAAGAGCAAAGGAAAAAGCAAAAGCAAGAGACUUUCGUCCGCAACAGCAGCAGAAGCAUCACUUUCACCAUCGGAUGCAGCCGACAACAAUUCGAACAAAGCUCCAGCGAAAGCUUUGGUUUCAUCCCUAAAGCAAUCAGGGGCUAUUCCUACGGGAAGCGAUCGCUCCUCAUCUUCUGCUCCCAACGAAAUGUUCACAUCCGCUCCAAUGGUACCAUCCUUCCCAAAGCAAGGCCAGCCAAAGAAAAUGAGGUCUGAUCCAAUCAGAUCGAAGUACGCAAGGAAAUCAGUCUCGGCCGAAAAACUUUCGUCGAAUUCAUCGGCUCAUUCCAGACACAGGCGACUGCCUUCCACGGACAUUCCGGUACACGGAGUCGGUGGAAGUGUUGUCAAAUCUUUCAAACCCAAUCCUAGCUUGGCUUGGCAAAAACGAAACACGAUUGCAAUGCCAAGCAACACGGGACUCCACCCGACGGCGACAGCGAGGAGCACAACCGAUCCAGACUAUGAUAUUGAGACGAUGCUCUUGGAAGAAGAGAAAGAACGAAAGCAAGAGACCCGUAGGAGGCAAAUCGAAGAGAUGAGACGAAAAUUUGAACAAACAGGUCGGCGACCAUCGCUUCAACUGUUGAAGCGGCCUUCCCUGAUUUUCCAGCAAUUCAGCGAUCAUAACAGCGACAGCAACAGCAGCAACAGCAAAAUCUUCACCUCUACCAAGUCUCUUGAAAUUUUAAAAGGCAACAACGAGCCAACAACGACUACUUCUCAGCCAGGAAGCAGUGCCCAAACAGAUUCUAAUCGAGACAAACCRAAAAWUAUUACAGGRUUCUCAAACSUCWACAAGAAAUUGGAACUCUUCGAUCUUCCUUCUCUUCACAAAGACUCGGCGAGGGACACCUCUGAACGCACUGAAACUUCAAAUCCAGAAUUGAAUUCAGAGUUUCCAAGUACCAAACCCGAUCAGUAUGCGUCUAGUCCAAACAUAGCAAUUGAUCCACAAAGUUCGAAGUUGUUCCAACCUCCGGUGGAAAAAUUAAAUAGGAAAACAAGUCUGUUUUUGCAAGAAGCGGCGCAUUUAUAUUCCCUAAUAAGCGCAGUAUCGAUGGCAAGUUUGCGAAAUGACAUGGAAGGAGUUUCCAGUCCUUUGGUUGAUUAUGUUCCUGGUCAGAAAUUUCCCCCUGUGAAUCCUGAGGAAAUGCAAAUUAAGAUUUUAGUAGAAGAUGGAAGACCCGAAUAUGACACAGAAAUCGAACCGGAAUUCGACCAAGACAUAAUAGGGAACAAUACUAAGACGUGCUCCUCGAUUCGAGUCAAGCGGAACAAUAAUAACUUGAACGUAUUGAUGUUUUUGUUUGGGUUUUCCAGAAAUUCCCGCCAACGAACCAUCUAUAACGCUUCCCGUCCAUUCCAGGUUCUGGGAGGAAUCAGCGACGCCGAGGUCGAAAUGCUCCGGAAGGUUCGUGGGCAUGCUGCACAGCAUGCACUGUGCUGCCUGUGGCUGAAAGAGUUCAUUACGCGCGAACACCUCAAUGGUAGUACCGGGAAGGUCCACCCCCCGAUCGUUGCCCGUGUGUACCAGUACAUUUCCGACGGAUCCACGCAGUACAAUAACUGCCGCAAGACAGCUAAUACCGACUUUCCUUUCCCGCACGCUCAGUUGAUUUCUUUUUUUGGUUUUGUGAGCAUUUUCAUGUUCCCGCUCCUUUUUUAUACUUAUGUCAAUGAUACGCUGUUGGGAGUGAUUCUGAACUUUUUCACAGUUAGUUGCUUUUUUGGGAUCCUGGAAGUAGCACUUGAAUUGGAACAACCAUUCAUUCGAUAUCCCAACGAUUUGCCCCUAAACAACUACCAAGCGCAAUUCAAUGAGGCCUUGAUCAGCAGUCUAUAUUCUGGAUUUCACCCAGACUCAUGGGGAGAAGUCGUUGAUAAUGAAGGUAUCUUCGGAACGAACAACGAUUCUGGUGGUGAAAACAGGGAUACGAGUGUUCGAAAUAGCUCUGGUAGCAUCAUAAAUAGCAAGAGCACUGUCCACUAUAGUUCAGGCRGCCUCAAAACCUCUUCUGGCGGCAUUAUCAGAACGAAGAAGACGAGGAGAAAGCAUAAACCUUCGGUGGUAUCGUUUGCRAUUUCAAGUGGAGAGAGAGAUCAGGGUUCGUCUCGGAGCUCGUCGUUAUCAUUUGCGAUACCGGAUGGUCAAUCAGAGAGAAGCACUGGCUCGGCGGUAAGGUUUGCCAUACCAGAUGGACAGACAGAGAGAUCAGACGAAGG